AUGACCAUUUCCAGUUCCAACAAGUUUUCGACGAUGCGAGUGAAUCUACUAACGUUAGCCCUCGCAGCAACAUGCGCCGCUAAGCCUACUGGCGGCAGACGGCGCUACGGCGUCAUUGGCUACGGCAUAUCAAUGUAUGAUCCUCCUUGCGCCUAUGCUUGUAUUGAUACUAUCAAGCGGGCGACGCUUAAUUGCAUGCCUGACCACGAUAUGGAUAUGGACAUGCACAUGGAAAUGCCCCCAUCGACACCGGAGUGCAAGGCUACCAAUGAUCCAUACCUAACCACCAUGGCCUGGUGUUUCCAUACUCACUGCGCUGAUAUUUCCAAGUCUACUCUGGAAUAUGUAUGGGAAACAGACAUUGUCGGUCGAUUAGCGGUGCAGCCGGCGCCCAAGUACGGCUACAUGGAGGCACUGUCUCGAGUCAAAGGCACACCUACCCGCACGCUCGCCAAGGCAAUGCUCAACGACACCAUGCUGGUGAAUGAGAAGAAAUGGCUGGGCAAUUUCAACGGCGUGGGAGGUUUCGAAACCAUGGAGCGUUUGGCUGAGAAAUACGCAAUCAUCCUCAUGUCUACCAUCAUCGCUCUGCCCGUCUUUCUCUCCUGUGCAUCGCUAUUACCGCUUCCCAAAUUCCUCCAUUCGGGUAUUUCCGCCUUUUUGCAGUCUCCUGCCUUUGGAACUUCUCACGCCACUCCGAUUCUUGGCCUCGGCUUCGUCCCAACACGCGGCCAAGCGCUCUACAUUCUUGUCAUCUGGGUGCUCAAUAUUGUUUUUAGUGCUGCCGGCUACGUCGUUCGCGACCCAAUGUCGUGGUAUGAGACUCUAGAGCAGCAGAUUCUCGUGUACAUUAGCAACCGUGUUGGUGUUCUCAGCUUCGUCAACCUCGCGCUCGCCGUGCUCUUUUCCACACGCAACAACCCGCUGCUAUGGCUCACCAACUGGUCCCAUUCUACCUAUCUCCUCAUCCAUCGCUGGAUUGCCGUAAUUUCUGUUCUGCAGGCAUGCCUUCACUCGGCUCUCUAUCUUGCAUUCUACUUGGAUCCCGCUAAUACAGAGGGCAACUAUGCAGACGAGAGUAAACUGGACUACUGGAUCUGGGGCAUCGUUGCUACUCUCAGUCUUGCCCUCUUGUUGCCAUUUUCCAUCUUUAAAUUUCGUCAAGAGCUCUACUCGGUCUUCUUGGCAUCUCAUCUUACUCUCGCCAUCCUGGCCAUGAUUGGCUGCCUACUUCACAUAUACUAUCGGUACGAGUGGCAGUGGGGAUAUGAAACGUGGGUGCUGAUAGCAUUUGCCUUUUGGGGAUUUGAUCGGGUUCUAGCGAGACCGCUCCGGAUUCUUCUCAGCGGACGUCGACGUGCAUAUGUCACAGCGCUUGACGACGAUUACUUGCAGCUGGUGAUUCCAGAAGUGGAGGCCGAAGGGCAUGUUUACCUCUACUUCCCAACUCUUACCUGGAGAUUUUGGGAGAGCAAUCCGUUUUCAGUUGUUCGUCCUGGCGGAUGCUCGGCCGUCAUUCACGAUGGUGCUAGCGAGAGUGGGAGCAGCAGUAAAGGGGAGAAGAAUGCUGGCUGUGGAGGGCAGCAUGGGCUGGAACUUCUCGUGAGGAAGAUGAAUGGCGUUACCAAGACUCUUGCACAAUAUGCAGGUUCUCCUGAAGGGGUGCUUGUCUGGGUCGAAGGCUCAUAUGGAUCACAUACGUCUGUCAUGAGCCACCACCGACCUAGCCUAGAGUAUCCCAAUACUCUUGUACUUGCUGGCGGAGUUGGAAUUGCUGGCGUUCUGCACAACAUUACAGACCAUCCGGCAGCUUCUUUUGCCCACGCGAGCAACAAGCUAGUAUGGGUGUCGAGAUCACAAGCACUCGUAGAUCGUGUGCGCAGUAUCAUAGGCGGAAACAGCUCAGGCAGUCAUGACGAAGAGACAUGGGGCAACUUCCAGGUAUCUGUAUCAGUCGGCAAUCGUGUUGAAAUUGCUUCUACAAUCAGACAAGAAGUUGAAGGAGUAAAGGGCGGGACUAGAGUGUUGAUUUGUGGCCCUGGAGGCAUGAUCGAUGAAGCCAGAAUGGCUGUGGCGAUGUUAGUCAAACAAGGACACGCAGUAUGUUUCGUCGAAGAGAGUUUUAUAUGGUAG